UCGACUAGUCUAUCAUAGAACGAAGUAUACAAACUCAAAUUCUGUAACAAGCUUGUAUGCACCAUUUUUAGGAAAUACCUUACAUGUUCAAGAGUUCAAAAUAGACAUAACGUCAACUUUUGAUAAUUUAUCGAUACUAUGUAAACAAGUGAUAUGUAUGAGACAUUUGUUGCUUACGAUAAUUAUCGAUGACUAAAUAUAAAAUAACCCCAAUGGAAAACAUAAACUGUAUUUCCAUAAAAGGGGUGAAAACAUUUUCCAAGAAUGAAAAAUCUAAUCUAUGAUUUUAAUCAAAAUUAUUUUUAAUAGAAAGCGGCAACAAAUUUUAACUUCUCAGAUUUCACAGGAUGAUGAGGUUGAAUUUUAAGACAGUAUUAUUGAUAAUAAUAGUUGCAGUAUUAAGUUCAAUAUUGACAUCAUGGAAUAAUUGUAACAGCCCAUCAUUUUUUAAAAAUACUGAUUGGAAAUCAAAAUUUCAACAUAGAGAUCGAGUAAAUUUAGAAACUGGAUACCAAGAAAUAGAUUGUCACAUAAAUGGUGAUUAUUCAAUUGGAUGUCGUAAGGAAGGAGAUGAAGUCUACAUACCAUUUUCAUUUAUUCACAAAUAUUUUGAGAUUUAUGGAAAAUUGGCAACAUACGAUGGCUUAGAAAGAUUUGAAUGGUUACAUAGUUAUUCAAAAAUUGUUAAUCCUAAAGGAAAAUAUGAUCCCAGAGGGGUAUUUAUGACUUUUGAAAAUUAUAAUGUUGAAGUUCGGGAGCGUGUUAAAUGCAUAAGCGGAAACGACGGAGUACCAAUAUCUACUCAAUGGGAAAGUCAAGGAUAUUAUUAUCCUACUCAAAUAGCUCAAUUCGGACUUUCGCAUUACAGCAAAAAUUUAACAGAACCAGAACCUCAUAGAAAAAUUAUUGAGGAUUCUGAUAAAGUUAAAAGAGAAUGGACUAUACCUCAAGGAUCUAUUGCAUCUAGAAUAUUUGAUAAACAUUCUAAUAGCCAUGUAAUAAAAUUUGCUACACCAGAAACUAGUACUUCUGGAAUUACUUUGAAGCUAGACCAUGUAUUAGAUUUUGUAUUAAAAUGGGAUUUUAACAUUAAAGACAAUGGAAGCAUUGUAAUCACUUUACAAUCUAGGGAAAAGAAAGAAAUUUAUUAUCUUCAUUAUGUUACAAGUAAUAUAGUAUUACAUGCUUAUAACAAUCAUGUGUACUAUGGAAUUGGACAAAUUAAUCAUCAGUGGAAACGGUUUACUAGAGACUUAGUUAUUGAUUUACAGAAAGGUUUAUAUUUAAAUGAUAAAAAUAAAAAGAAGUUAUCUCGUUCCAAAUUAAAGAUGAUAAAAAUAACCUUGUAUGGAUCUGGAAUGAUUGAUAACGUAACAUUAUCCACAAGUGAACACAUGGAACAAUUUUAUGAUGCAGCAAAGUGGUUUGUAGCUAAUCAAAACAUUAGUUCCGGUGGAUGGCCGAAUCCUGUCCGAAGAAAAGUUGCUCCUGGCAUGGCAACUCUUGAACCUGGAUGGUAUUCUAGCAUGGGUCAAGGACAUGCUAUUUCUGUAUUAGCACGAGCGUAUUAUCAUUCUGGUGAAGAAAAAUAUUUACAAGCUGCUAUUAGAGGUUUACAACCUUUUAGAUUAUCCUCUAGCAGAGGAGGAGUAGCUGCAGUAUUUUUAGGUAAAUACGUAUGGUACGAAGAAUACCCUACAACCCCCUCUUCUUUUAUUCUCAAUGGAUUUAUUUAUUCUUUAAUUGGUUUAUAUGAUCUAAAAAGUAUAGCAACUGGUAAGGAUGCAGAAGAAGCAUCCCGCCUUUUUAAUCAGGGUAUGACAUCAUUGAAAAACAUGUUAACUUUGUACGAUACCGGCUCUGGUACUACAUACGAUUUACGACAUUUUACAUUAAAAACGGCUCCGAAUUUAGCUAGGUGGGAUUAUCAUUCCACUCAUAUUAAUCAGCUUCUUCUUCUAAAUUCAAUUGACAAUGAUCCACUAUUUACUGCUACAGCAGAACGAUGGAUAGGUUACAUGAAUGGUAAGAGAGCUGCACAUAACUAAUUCAUUUUUUCAUGAGUUGACUGACUGCAUUUAAUUUUUCGUUCAUUGUUUAUCGAUACUUAAUAAUUCGUUUAUUUUUUGUUUUGUAACAUACAUUUUGUACAUAAUUUCCAACAUUCACAAAAUAAAGCGGACCAAAAUAUUUGUUUGUGUAAUUAU